AUGCAGGAGACUGGAGGCGACACUCCACUGACUGACCUCUGCGCCAUCUGUCACGCAAACCCCAUCAAAUACACAUGUCCAAGGUGUGGAAUCCAUACCUGUUCUCUCCCUUGCGUUAAACGCCACAAGACCUGGGCUCAAUGUUCAGGCAUUCGAAACCCAGCCGCCUAUCGACCACGAACCGAACUAGCCACCCCAUCUUCCAUCGAUCAGGAUUUCAAUUUUAUCUCUUCUGUCGAGAGAUCCCUGUCCAGAGCAGAUGACCUGAUCCUAGACAAAGGCAUUGAUUUGGCCCCAAGUGGUCUCAAAACUCGUCCCAAUGAUGCCAAAUCAAAUUUUGAGACAGAGGUGGAAAGGAGGAGAAUAUAUAUCAUCAAGGCUCCUCUAGGCCUUUCACGCAGCAAACAAAACACAUCCCACUGGGCCAGACAGCACAAAUGUAUCACCUGGACCACUGAAUGGGUGCACCCUGAUGGUGAAAAAAGAUUGCAGAAUUUCGCCGGCUCUAUGAGUCUUGCUGAAGCAUUCCUGAAUAGGUGGGGGCGGAAAUCCAUAACCCUCAAGAAGCGGAAACGCAACAGCUCUGAAACAGCUCCCGCUCCGAACAUCAGUUCUGAUACUCCAGCCAAGCCGAGUGAUUUGACUGGGGAACCCCAGCCUAUAUCGCCCAAAGCAGCAAAAAUUGAAGCAAGCCAUCCUGACGAUGCAGGAGAGACCCAGAUUGCACAUCCGCAAGAUGGUCCCUCAAACGCUUCGCCUGACAAAGUAGAACCAACUCGGGCACCAGCACUCGAUGCCGCUAAGCUUGUGGAAGAUCUGCAUUUUUAUCUUCUUCGACCGAACACCCUUUCAGGCAUAAAGUGCUUGAUUCCCCUAUCAUCACUCUCGGCGAUACAUGACGUACUUGAAGACAGGACUAUCCUAGAGUUUCCCACCUUUUAUGUGAAAGAGGAAAGCCCGGAGCAAUUGUCCGAGCCUUACAUGACGGAGGAAAAAUACAAUGAGGCAUAUGGGUCAGAUAUUCCACUCGAGCUUCAGACAUUUGCACCCAAGGACUCAUCAGCACCAGAAGAGGCAAAGCCGUUGACUGCAAUUGAUGAGAGCAAGGUUUUGGAGGUGCUCCAGAAGGAUCUUAUGGGAUGA